AUGGCACCCAAAACAGCCCCUUCUUCAGCUUCAACUGCCGCAACCGCGCUCUCUCCCAAGGCCUCCGUCGCCGAAAUCACGCAGCACAUCUGGCAACGCUACCUCGCGCAGACCUCGCAGCGCACGUUCUUGCUCGAUGCUUUUAUGGCGUAUUUGGUGCUUGUCGGCGGAAUUCAAUUUGUGUACUGUGUUAUUGCGGGGAAUUACCCAUUCAACGCUUUCCUAGCCGGGUUCUCGGCAGCUGUAGGCCAAUUCGUUCUCACCGCGAGCUUGCGUAUGCAAACGAGCUCUUCAUCGCCAUCAAAAGGGGCUGGUUCAAAGGGUGGUAAGACGGUAGAGGGCGACGAGGGGACACCGGAGAUUUCCCACGAACGAGCGUUUGCCGACUUUAUCUUUGGAAGUUUUAUUUUGCACUUUUUCUGCAUUAAUUUUAUCAAUUAG